AUGUUGCUGAAGUCCUUUCACCACUAUGGAGUAGCCUGCGGCCUGGUGCCUGCUCCUCUGGCCAAGAGAGAGUUUCUCCGGGGAAGGCUGCUGAGAUGGUACCUCAUCUACACGGGCUGCCUGCAUGGAGUCCUCCUGCUCCUGGUGCCCUUCACUUUCUCCCACUACAUGUAUGAGGAGAGCUAUAUCAGUAGAAACUUUGUCCUGGAGUCGUUCUUUAAUGUUACGAAUGUAACCCGCAUUUCGGCCAUGAUUUCGGGCGGAGUUAUGUCGUGGAUUCAGAGGAAGGCACUCCUGAAGUUGGGCAAAGAAAUAUUGAGUCACUGCAGCAAGUGCCAGCAACUGGAGAAUGCAUCGGGGAAUACCCAGCUAACGAAAAGGAUUCAAGGACUACUUGGACAGCAGCUUUUUGUGGUCAAUUUCACAGUUCUGGUGUCCUGGCUGCUGCUGAUAAGAAUCGAAACGGACCAGUGCUUCAGGAACAUCACUUUGAUUGUGGUUCAGGUUCUGCAAUAUGCAUAUGUCGUCUUGUUGGUCCUUCACUGGCAAAGCGAGCGAGUGCGCCUGGCCCUCAAGGAUCUUUGUCAAAGGGUGCAUCACGAUGAGCUUAGUUCCGGCUGUAGAAGUUCCCUGGCGGACUUACGCAAUUAUUUCCAGCUUUAUGCGGAAAAUAGGAGCUUGCUGCGUAGAGUUUUCCAGACCUUCGAUGUUACCAUAGUGUUUUUGGUGAUUAAAAUGCUGGUGACCAAUGUAAACAUGAUCUAUCACACGGUGCUUUAUGCCAAUGGCUCUAUAAAGGUAUCGGGGUAUACAAAACUCCUGGGCCACUUGGUGGUAAUUACUCAUUUCUGGAGUGCAGUCUUGAUAAUGAAUGUUGUGGACGACAUAACCCGAAGAAGCGGGCCCAAAAUGGGGUAUAUUUUGCGGGAAUUCAGUGACCUGGAAGUGGUGAAAAGGGAGUUUCAUUUACAGUUGGAAAUCUUCUCGAAUCAUCUGCGCUGUCAUCCUGAAACCUACAAAGUCUGCGGUCUUUUUGUUUUCAAUAAGCAAACGAGUUUGGUUUACUUUUUCUACGUUGUAGUGCAGGUUCUGGUGUUAGUUCAAUUUGAUUUAAAGAAUAAUUAG